AUGGCGGACACGGUGUCGGUGCACGCGACGCGCUUCGAGGCAGCCGUGAGGGUGAUCCAGAGCCUGCCCCAGAACGGUUCAUUCCAGCCAACAAAUGAAAUGAUGCUCAAGUUCUACAGCUUUUAUAAGCAAGCAACCCAAGGACCGUGUAACAUUCCAAGACCUGGAUUCUGGGAUCCUAUUGGUAGAUAUAAAUGCAGGAGGCUUGGUGCUCCUGCUACUUUAGGAGAAGGCAGACUGCAGAUAGGAGUGGGCACACACAGCAGUUACUGUGGAACAGCUGACAUAUGGGAUGCUUGGAGUGCUUUGGGGAAUAUGUCCAAAGAAGAAGCAAUGAUAGCCUAUGUUGAAGAAAUGAAAAAGAUUCUUGAAACUAUGCCAAUGACGGAGAAAGUUGAAGAAUUACUGCAAGUUCUUGGCCCAUUCUAUGAAAUGGUAGAGGAUAAGAAGAGUAACAGAGGAUCUGACUUAACAUCAGACCUUGGCAAUGCCUUGACUUCCACUCCAAAUCCAAAGGCUUUGAAUGGUAAAGCUGAAAGCAGUGAUAGUGGAGCAGAAUCAGAGGAGGAAGAGGUUCAUGAAGAAGAAAAAGACCUACAACUAAAUGCAAAUGAAUAUAAGAAUGUGAAGCCAGACUCAGCGGCUGCUAAAGAUUUGGAACGUGUUGUCACCAAUGGCUGUUACAAGGACAGCUUUAUUCCAGAUGCACAGAAUGGCACCCAGACAAAAUCUGCCUUGAAUGGCAUAAAUGUGGAGGAAGAAUUAAAGAAAAUGGAGCAAAGUCUAGAAGUAAUUGAUAACAAUGUCCACCAAGGUACAAAUGAAGAGAGUGUUGAAGAGGUCUCAGGAAUUCAGCAUUUGACAAGUGAUUCAGACAGUGAAGUUUAUUGUGAUUCUAUGGAGCAACUUGGACAAGAAGAGCCCUUGGAAAUCAUUACAUCAGCCAGAGGACCUUUAAAGCUCUCAUCCCAUUUCCUGGAAAUAGAUCCAAGUUAUCUCUUGGAAAGUGCUGAUUUUCCUGAGCACAUUCGCAUGACCUCUGGGAAUUUCAGGGUUGAGGAUAUAAAAGAGGCUGCAGUUGAAGGAAAAGGUGAAGUUAAAUGUGGGGGAGAAGAUGGCAAAAGCAGCAAUGGAGGCCCUCACAAAGAGAAGAAAGGUGGAGAAAAAAUGGAUUUCUAUGGAGUCAGAAGAGGGAGAGGGCACAGGCUGCAACCUCUGGGUGAUGGUGCUCGAGGUGGACAGAUGGGAAGUGGAGGGGAUGGUGAACGGUGGGGAUCGGAUAGAGGGCCAAGAGGCAGCCUCAAUGAACAGAUUGCGUUAGUGCUCAUGCGGUUACAAGAAGACAUGCAGAAUGUUCUUCAGAGACUGCACGCACUAGAGGCGCUGACCGCCUCCCAGGCAAGAACUGUCGCCCUACAAUCAAAUUAUCAACCAGUCACAGCAGCUAAGAGACCAUCAUGGUGGCCCUUUGAAAUUUCUCCUGGUACUUUAACCUUUGCAAUUGUAUGGCCCUUCAUUGCUCAGUGGUUGGUGCAUAUAUACCUUCAAAGAAGGCGAAGAAAACUGGACUGAGAAUUCAGUGCAAUUUUUGCUUAAAGACUACUUGGAUGGGAAGGCCCUGGAAGGUGAAGGAUUUCCAAAUUCACAUCAGAACCUCAGAAUGUGUAAUGGCUAAAAAUUCCCUCAGUCAUAAUAAUAUUUUGCACUACCUAAGCGCUAAACAUUUAAAGACUAACAUUACCGAUACUUGAAUAAUCUAUUGCUCCUAGGUUACUUGUAAAAUAAAGAGUUAUCCCACCCAUCCUUAAACUACAGGAAUGUUAACUUAAUUAUUUUGGAAUGUAUUUCUGGAUGGGCAUUCUUGCUUAUGACAGUUCACAAUGAAGAUAUUUGGAAUGGAAAAUAUGUUAAACUGUCACUAACAUGAAAACAGUUUUGUAAUUUUAGUACCUUUUGACUAUUUUUACAGGGUUACAUACCUUCAGACAGAAGCAGUGACAGGGGGAGAUGCAAGUCCAAUCUGUACAUUUAUAGCCAGGCAGAGAUGAUGUAGCUCUGAAGGACGCAAAUGGUCAGUUUUGCUGCUAAACAGACAUGCAGUAGAUGUCCUUGUAAAUCAGUCAUAGAUGGAAUCAGAUGUUUGACUCCUGUGUGUAACCCUGGCAUUCACUACAGUUAUACGAGUACCAUCUCCCCAAACUACUGUAGUCUUAGGAGCCUAGCAGCUCACAUUAGAGGUAACGGUAACAUGGGGAUUGUUGAAAGUUAGGAUGGUGUAGUGUGAGCUGCAAAGGAGAUCACCCCCACCCCCAUAUUUUUUUCCUCUCCUGUUUCCUUAGUGAUAGCGGCUUCCUUUUUAAUUAAGACGCAUAGUUUAUACACAAGGUACUUCAAAGUAAUCUAUGAAAACUAGCAACACAGUGUAUGUAAGAUUUUAAAGCAUCAUCUAGUCUAAGAUGUCUGUCAUCUUUUGAUGCAUUUAAUUUAAAGGAUGAAUGACAAAAUCUAGCUGGACAUGGACAAAUGAACAAUUCUACUCUAGGGUAAAAAAGGGUAGGACUGUAUUGCUGCUCAGCAACUCUGUGGUAGUUGCCUGUGUACAUGCACCUACACCAUAGCAUCUGGAACUUCCCCCUUCUCAUUGAGUUGUAAAGCUACUUUGCUUUUGCUUCUGCUCACCACAAACUUCAAACAUACACGCUGCAAUAACCAUGGAGUAGCUAAUGUAAAAUUUGACUCCUUUUAACCUGGAAUGAAUUGUUUGUAUGGCCAUCCCCUAUAUGGCUUUCCUUCCUUCCCCCACCAAAUUCUCUUGGAAAGAAAAUAGUGGUUCUUAUACUUAAUUUUUAUUCUUCUACCUCCUGCAAAUACUUUCAGAGGAUUUUUUUAUCCUAAUGUUAAUUUUUAUUUUCCUUUUAUUGGUACAUAUUUAUUCCCUCAGUUUAUACUAGUAGGUGCACUAUCAGGUGCACACACAAACCUUAUGAAGUUUGCUUAGUCAAACCAUGUUGGGUUUAAAUAAACAUGUAUCCAAGUGGCAUUGUCUAUAUGUGUGGAGAAGAAAAACAAAUAUAGAUAAAAUGCUUCUCAGUUGGUGUAGGGGAAAAAAAUGUUAUGCCAUAACCUGGAUCCAAGAUUAAAAAAAAAAAAGACUUGCAUUGUUUAUAGUUUAAUUUUUUAGCCAGAGGGCUACAAUACAAGUAAGCAUUAAGAAAUGCUUUCUACCCUGUCUGAAAGGCUCUUUUUUUGUAGUUUGGAAAGCACUUUUCAUACAUGUUCUACUGUACAAAACAGAUGUAAUUAUAGGAUUUAAAUGGUUCUGCCUCCUUUAACAGAACAUGAUUUUAAUCUUAGCUUUAGUUGAAUGCUUUUUUAAAGAUAUAUUUCUCCCUCUUCUGAUCUUUGUUGUAAAGCUGAAUAACAAAAUAAAAAGAACAACACGAGAAUGUUUUUGAAGCAUGCUAUAACAGUGAGAUGGUUUGGUGCAACAAAAAACAAGUUUGCUAUGAUGGGAGAUGUUGAAAGCUCAAGCUUGAAUAAAGCUAACAUUCAGGAAAAAGUUCUGCAAUAGUUAGGAGUCUAGGCCUGUCUGAAGUUGUUAGGACACAUGACUAUAUCACAGAUGUAGUAAAAAAGGAGCAUGAAAAAAUUACUGAGGUAAAGGCUGGUUAUUCCAUGAAUCAUUUUUCAAAACUGUAGCUGCAUCUAGUUGCAAGCCUUCUCCUACCUCUUACCAUCUGCUUUCUAGCCCCUUGUAUGUAAUGCUAAGGCGCAUGUCCUGCAGGGUAGUUAAGUGCUUAGGUAACCUACUCAAGUCAGGCUCUGAGCCUAAAUAAGUAAGAGUUAUAAAGUGAAUUCAGCAUACAACUACUAUGUAGCAAAUCUAGAACAAGGAAAAACGCAGUUCUUCCCGACUGUUUUGCUAUUGUGCUUUGAAGCACUAACCAGUAUGUUCCAUAGUACUUUGUGUGAAGAAAAAGGAGCUCAGUAACUUUCAUACAAAAGAACUAAGACCACUUUUAGGGCUGCUGCUUCCUUGGAAGCAGUACUUCCAAAAUUUCCUAAUGAGGGUUGUGGGGCCACAGCUGUAGGCUACCAUGGUCCUCUCCUAGGAUUUAACUGAUGGGGAGAAGUAUUUGAGAUUCAACCCCUGCUUUCUUUUCCCUCCUUCCCCAUCAAGUAUCACAAGGAAAA